GCUUGCUCUGGACGUCAUCAUCGUCCUGCAGUGGGUGGACUCCAGACUCCAGUACUUUAAUCUUCAGGAGCAGCAGAGUAGGAACCUGGUGCAGGACAGGACUCAGAUGUGGCAGCCUCGUUUGGUCAUCACGGACGACACGGGCAGUCAGGUGGACUUCAACGAGCGCCGGGCUGCUCUGGUCGUCGUCAAGGAAUCUGAACCUCUUCCGGACGAUGACACCAGAGUCAAAGAAGCCGCAAUAUAUCUCGGGAAGGACAACCGCCUCUCCCUUCGUCAGGAGGUCACGAUCUCUCACCAGUGCCAGUUCGACCUCAGACGGUUCCCCUUUGACGAGCAGCAAUGCGCUUUGACGUUCCAGAUGGGAGAAAUGGAGUCCCUCCUGGUCAAGCUGAGAAGAGGGGAGGAGGGCGUAGUGUACAAAGGCCCAAAGCAACUGCCAGAAUACAAGGUAAGCCAGGUGGUAAUGCAGGCCAUCUCGCGCAACGACACGGAGGGCCAGCUGGUGACCAUGACUCUGACCAAUCUGUACCGCUACUACCUCGGCAACGCCUACAUCCCUUCGCUCCUCCUCGUGAUCAUCUGCUACUCCACCUUCUACUUCCGCGUGGAGGAGUUUGGCGACAGGAUCAUGGUGAGCAUCACGGCCAUGCUCGUGCUCGUGGCCCUCUUCUCCCAGACGUCCUCCACGAUCCCGAGGACGACCUACCUUAAGUACAUCGACGUGUGGUACAUGUUCUACAUCGUCCUCGACUUCAUCAUGAUCAUCCUGCUGGUGGUCAUCAACUAUGUCCGGUGGAACGUGAGCGAGAGCAGCCUGGCGGCGGCAACGACGGUGGUGACGCCGAUGGUGGAUUCGCUGAUGAAGAAGAACCCGAGGGGCAGCUUGAAGGGGGGGCGGAGCCUCCCGCAGCUGCUGAACCUCGGCUGCUGCGUCCUCAUGCCUCUGAUCAACUCCGUCUUCACCUUCUGCUACGUGAUCAUAAGCAUUGGCUAUUGAGGGUGACGUAGGCGCGGCAGGAAAAUGACUGAAGGUGAAAGGAACUUGUAGGGAACUCUGCUAUUUUGCAUCUUUUUGACUCUUUGUGUCAUUCUG